AUGCUAGGAUCUAUCUUUAGAAAGUACCCAGAACCGGCAGAAUUGGGCUACUGGGGGAAACCGACCUCGACGAUCGACUGGUGCGAGGAGAAUUAUGUGGUUUCAUCGUUCAUAGCAGAAUGGUCAAACACGCUUACCAAUAGUGCGUUUGUAGCACUAGCACUAUAUGUUACAUGGUCUGCAUUUUACCAAAGGCUGGAAAAAAGAUUUGUGUUGAUCGGGCUCGGGUUGGGAACCGUCGGAGUCGGGUCCUGGCUGUUCCACAUGACGCUCCGCUACGAAUACCAGCUUUUGGACGAGUUGCCCAUGAUUUAUGCCACCUGUAUCCCCGCAUGGAGCAUUUUCUCAGAAAAACGGCAUCCUCUCAACAACGGUCCGCUCACGACCUCGUCUUUGUUCAUGCAAGGCGUCAUCGGAGUCCUUGUGUUUGGAGCAGCCGCAAUUUUAACCGUCGUGUACUUGCUAUACCGGGACCCUACCAUCCACCAAACCGCAUAUGCGAUUUUGAACGUCAUUGUGGUGUUCUCCGCAGGUGGAAUGGCUGCCAAAUACGUGCACGAUCCCUUGGCCAAACGCAACCUGCGCAACACCAUGGCCCUCAGCAUCUCCAUUUUCCUACUGGGCUAUUUCCUCUGGCAAUUGGACGUGCAUUUCUGCUCGUUCUGGAUUUUCGUGCGCAGAACCUUUCUGCACUUGCCAUUCGGCAUGUUUCUGGAGCUGCACUCUUGGUGGCAUCUUCUUACAGGUUCCGGGGUCUAUUUCUACAUUGUGCAUCUAGAAUACCUUCGGGUUUUGACCCACGGCCACGCUGACGAUUACACCCUAUGUUGGAGAUGGAAAGUGUUUCCAGAAGUGAUUCAUCGCUCCCAUACUGUCAAUACCAGAUACUCUCUGGAAUUUUUGGGACCUUACCACGAUCCAAACCGGGCUAAGAGUGAGUAG